AUGGAACAGUUGCAAGAGGUCAAUAAACUUGACCAGGUGCCAAAGCCAUGCGAAUGGUUCGAUCUGAUAGGAGGCACAAGUACUGGAGGUAUCAUCGCCAUUAUGCUCGGAAAAUUAGGAAUGACUGUUGAUGAAUGUAUCCGAGCAUACAAGAAAGUUGCUCAGCAAGCCUUCACGCCUAAGUCUCGGCCAGGCCUUCCGGGAUCACCAAGUGGUGCAUUCUCUGCCAAACAGCUAGAAGCAGCUAUAAAGCAGACAGUAAAAGAGUAUUGCAUUGAUCCCGCAUGUGUGCAACAACGAAAGGAAAAGCAGGCCACCGCUGAAACUUGCCCUCAUGGAGAAAUGCAGUUUCGCGGUGAUUCGCGCACCAAGACGGUCGUGCUGGCUAUCACAAAGGACAAUGUCAAUACUCUUCCGACUCUAUUCAAGACUUACGACACAUCAGCACCUCUUGAUGGAUGUACCGUUUGGCAGGUAGCACGAGCAACGUCUGCAGCAACUACGUUUUUCAAGCCAAUCCAGGUUGGCCGCGACCAGAUCAAUUUUAUUGAUGCUGGGUUCGGAUACAAUAACCCGUGUGAAGUUCUUAUCAGAGAAGCCAAGGACCAGUUUCCUGGCCGCGAUGAGAUGCGAGUUCUGAGCAUCGGCACAGGUCUUGGUGAUGUUGUGAGCAUCAAAGACACCAGGGCCUCUAUCCUCAGAGCCUUAAAGAAGAUGGCAACUACCUCCAAGAAGGUGGCUUUGAGAUUGGACGAACGAUAUGGUGAGACUGGAACCUAUUACCGUUUUAACGUCGAACGUGGGCUCGAAGACAUCUCACUCUCUGAUUGGAAAGAGACGAGUAGCAUCUCCUCGCACACUCACAAUUACUUGAAUGAGAACAAAAGAGUCAUCGACAAGUUCAUCCAGUCUUUGACAAGAAACUCGAACGCGAAGCUUGCUGAAGAGAGCAAUGCAAACACGGCCACUGAGGAUACGAGCACUGUUAUCAACACGCUUAAGGAGAAGCUCUUCAAGACAGACGGCUGUAACAGAGUGGCACUUGUUGGGCUCGGUGGCGCAGGUAAGACACAGGUUGCGCUGCAUAUGGCGUAUUGGGCAAAGCGCCACGAAGAAGACUGUUCUGUAUUCUGGAUACCAGCCUUCAGCAUGGCUGGCUUCGAGCAAGAAUGUGUCAAACUUGUGAAGAAACUGGAUAUUUCAUGCUCUGAAGGCGAAGACCCGAAAGAGGUCGUAAAACGGCACCUCAGCUCUGGGAAGGUUAAAAGAUGGUUCAUGGUCGUCGAUAAUGCCGAUGACAUUGAUAUUCUCCGCUUCUCAAGAUCUUCAGACAAGGGAAUAUUCAGCUUCCUGCCGCACCAUGACAAUGGACGGAUCUUGAUCACAACUCGGUCCCGAGAAGUUGCGUUCGCAAUGAAAAUCCAAGUAGUGGAACUGAUGCAAAUGGAUCCCAAAGAGGCAUCAGACUUACUCAGGACAUUGCUGGAUAACGAGAAUGGAUCACGCGACGAUGAGCUCCGUGACGACAAGACACUGACCACACUAUUAGAAGGUUUGACCUACCUUCCCUUGGCGAUCGCACAAGCAGCAGCGUACAUGAACAUUUACAAGACGAACAUUGCCGAGUACGUUCAAAUUUGUGACAACGCCGACAAAAAGAACAUCAUUGAACUGCUGGAGCAGAAAUGCGAUGAUGAAACCUACUACGAUGAGUCACAAAGUGCUGUCGCUACUACCUGGAUCGUAUCGUUCGACCGUAUCCGAAGUUCUAACCAAGCAGCCGCCGAUCUACUUUCGUUCAUGGCAUUCAUUGAGUCAAGGGCCAUUCCAAGGUCUAUUCUACCUGUCUUUGAGACAGAACAGCAAACAACGCGAGCUAUAGGCAUACUCAAGAGUCACGGCUUCUUGACUCAGCGAGGUCUCGAUGCAAUAUACGACAUGCACAGGCUUGUACACAUGGUUACGCGGAAAUGGAUCGAACAAAAAGGAGAGUCGAGAGAAAUACAGCUGAUGUCACUUGCACGUGUUAAGCUUGUAUUUCCAGAUGAUGAGUGGAAGAAUCGCGAGCUCUGGAGGCAGUAUCUACCACAUGCGCUUCAGCUCCUAAGAUGCCUAGGUGAUAUUGAGAACCAGAAUGUGGCUCAUCUAGGAUUUCGGGUUGGUCAAUGCUUGCUUAGGGACAAUCGAGAUAAAGAAGCUGUGGGUAUAUUUGAACAUGUUGUUAAGACUUACGACUCGACCCUCCCGGGAGACUCUAGGUGGCAACGAAUAUCCAGAUUGUUUCUUGCAACAGCAUACCUGGAAACUGAGCUUCAGGAGAAGGCAAUGGAGAUACUACAGGCUAUAGUGGAUUUUGAGAAAAGGAUACUUGCAGAAGAUGACCCAACUUUAUUGACAUCACAGCACGUCCUUGCCUCAGCAUACCUUAGAAUUGGACAGGCGCAGAAGUCAGUGGAUAUCCUAAAGCUCGUUACAAACAUCGAGCAGCAGACAUUAGCUGAAAACGACCCCAGUCGACUGGCGGGACAGCAUGCACUUGCAGAAGCAUAUAUCUAUAUUGGUCAGGCACAGCUGGCAGUGGAGAUCCUAGAGUCAGUUACAAAGAUACAAGAGGGGAUGUUAAGUGAAGAUGACCCAGAUCGACUAUCAUCGCAGCAUACGCUUGCAGCAGCCUACAUUUCCUGCAAGCAGGAAAAAAAGGCAAUUGAGAUCCUGGAGUGGGUGGUAGAGAUUGAAAAAAGGUUUCUUGCUGAGGAUCACCCAAAUCUACUCGCAGGACAAUAUCAACUGGCUAAAGCAUAUUUCAAAGAUGGCCAGAUGGCACGGGCAAUUGAGAUCCUGGAGUGGAUGGUAGAGACUAAAAAACGGUUACUUGCUGAGAAUCACCCAAAUCUACUCAAAGGACAAUAUCAACUGGCUAGAGCAUAUUUCAAAGAUGGCCAGAUAGCACGGGCAAUUGGGAUAUUAGAAGACUUGGUCAGGAUUCAGACACAGACAGAGUCACAUAAUAGUCGCAUUUUCCGACUAUCAAAGAGCCUACUACAGACGUGUUACGAUGAGUUGGAAAAGUAA